UUGCCAAUUUUGCCAUACUUUCCGUGUUGAACCUUUCAUUUCAAAAUAUUCAAUUUUAAAUCUUGUGGUGCUGAGAACACUACCAGAUAACAAGUACACAUUAAGACUGCAUGAGUCAGAAAACCCAAAAACCAACACUUACUGGACAGCGGAUCAAAACCCGCAAAAGGGAUGAAAAAGAAAAGUAUGAUCCAACGAAUUUUCGUGACCAAAUUGUAGCUGGAUUAAACGAAGCAAGCUCUGAUUUGGAACAGGCCUCAAAAUUCCUUAUACAAGCUGGAAGUAAAUUGGAUUACCGUCGCUAUGCAGAAGCUUUGUUUGAUAUCCUUAUAACUGGAGGGAUUUUAGCACCAGGAGGUACGAUCUUAACUGAUAACAAUGCAGCCAAGUUAUGUAUCUUCAACACUGACGAAGAUCUGGACAGCAUGCGUAACAUUACGCAUAUGUUUGAAAGGAUGAUUCGUCAGUACAAGUACUUGGAGAGAUCUCUAGAUGACGAAAUGAAGAAGGUUGUUAUGUUUAUGAAAGGAUUUUCUGAUAUCCAACGAACACGUCUGACAAUUGCAACCUACUUGAUGAUUUCUAGUGGAUUGGUUCCUCCGACAUGUUUGUCGAAGAUUAUGAAUGAGCAUCUUAUUAAAGAUGGAAUCGCUUUAGAAUUUGCAAGAUGUUUUUUUGCCACAUGGCUAAAAGAAAAAGAUUUCCAAAGUUUAAUAAGUAAUUUAAAAAAAGCUGAACUGGACGGAAAGUUGCUUGAGUUGUUUCCUGUGCAUAAAAGAUCUAUUGAAGCGUUUGAAACAUAUUUUAACGAGGCUGGUUUGACACCUGUUGUUGAAUUCCAAAGAAACCAAUACACCAGGACUGCCACGAAAGAGCUGAAACAAAAAUUGAAGAAACUGUUCGAAAAUGAUGUCAGUGCGAAAGAGUUGAUCACUGUUACGAAGGAAUGCACAGAAAAACACAACUUAAAAGAUACCGAAGUCUGCUUAUUACUUUGGUCUUCUAUUAUGAAAGCUGUAGAAUGGAACAAAAAAGAGGACCUUCUUGCUGACCAAGCAUUACGUCACUUGAGAACAUACGCCUUAGCAUUGCAAACAUUCGCCAGCAGUCCGAAAAUUGAGUUGAUCUUGCUGCAAAAGAUACAGGAAUACUGUUACGACAAUAUGAACUUCAUGAAGCUCUUUCAAAAAAUUGUGAUGAUGCUGUAUAAAACCGACGUUCUUGGUGAAGAUGCUAUUAUUCAGUGGUAUAAAACUGAACACACGCCGAAAGGGAAAAGCGUGUUUUUAAACCAAAUGGAAAAAAUGGUUACGUGGUUACAGAACGCUGAAGAAGAGUCAUCAGAAGAAGAGGAUGAAGAAGAAGGCGAAUAAAUAUCAAAUAUGAUAUACGAAUAUUGAUGGACUGUCUCAUAUUGCGCCCUUAUUAUACUGACAUUUCAUACAUUUUUCGUAUAUAUAUUUUUAUUUAAAAUUUUUAUGUCUUUCGUGUAAUUUGUUAGUGUCGUCAUGUGCAUGGGAAACAAUAAAAGUUACAGGUUUUUAA